GCAGCGAGCGCGAGCGACGGGCGAGGGGGGCAGCGAGCGCGAGCGACGCGCGGGCGACCCGAGACAAACAUAUGACGCCUAAAAAUGACUUAUGUCCCCUUGCUGUUUUGGUGGCAGGAAGAUGAUGCGCUAUCAUUUCCACACCACCUUGCGGUAGAUGCAUGGUGUGCUUUUUUUAUAGUGGUUUCCCCAGUAGGCCUAAUCCACUCUCAUAAUUUAAUGCAAAAAUUGCUCAAAGUGCCGUCCUCCUUCACGUACGCAGAAUUCGGCCCUUCGAACAAUGUCGCGCGUUGCACGUUGCACCAUGUCCGGCGUAAUGGUACGGAAGGCCGCUAUAAUAGCUUCGCGUACUUCGUUUUCUGUACCAGUACGCUGAUUUUCUGUUAGACUUUUUAUAUGACCCCAUAUGAAAAAGUCCAUCGCGUUAAGGUCUGGCGACCGUGCUGGCCAACUGAUCGGGCCACCACAACCUAUCCAUCUAUGUGGAUAACAUCUAUUUAAAAUAUCGCGAACUUCUCGACGAAAAUGCGCGGGAGCUCCAUCGUGCUGAAAUAUUAAUUGUGCUCGCACGCGAAGAGGCACAUUUUCGAGGAGCUCUGGUAAAAUAUUUGUUAAAAAGUUCGCGUAAAUUUCGCCAUUUAGACGCGGCAGGAGGAAAUACGGACCGAACUGAAAAUUUUAAACGAAAAUCUUUAGUCCCAUUAGUUUAAAAAAAUUGUUUUAUUUUUACGGAUUACACUUACCACUUGAUUCCCGAUUAUUCCAGCCCAAACAUUAAUGGACCAGCGAUAUUGAAACGCGCACUCACGAACGACGCGAGGAUUUUCUUCACUCCAGUAUAAAUAAUUUCUAGAGUUGAAUAUACCGUUUGGGGUGAACGUUGAUUCAUCGGUCCAUAAAAUAUUGUCCGGGAAAAGUAAAUUACCUCGACAUUGCGCGAGGAGUCCUGCAUGAAAUUCACCGACAAUUAAAUUACUGUACAUUUAUCAAAGUGCGUAAAUAUUAAAUAAUAGCAGACCUUCACAAAAAUUGAUCCGUUGUUGAAAGUCUCUCGGCAAAAGUUGUUGCACACGCUGGUAAUGGAACGGAUGCAAUCUAUUCUCUCGCAAAGUCUGAUGCACCGCGAACCUGGAAAGUCCCAGUUCGUGAGCCGCACGACGCACGCUGGUUCCGGGGUUUUCAUAAAACAUGUCCAGUACUCUCUCUUCGUCUGGAACACCACGGCGCACUGGUACAUCUUUCGUCUUAUGCACGAGACACCCUGUUUCACGCAAUCGUUGCACAACGCGAAAAAUCGUAUCCUUAGUCGGAUGUGCACGCUCGGGAAAUCGUUCCGCAUAGAUUCGAAUAGCGCGGGGAAACUUUCAGAAAAACAGCUGAAAGCUUCCCCGCUAUAUUUUCUUGUUUCCGAAUGUCAAUUGUUUCUUCCUGAGCUCGUGAACACGAUCGUCAAGAGCUUAGUCGCGUACGAAUCUCGACUCGUAUUGUGCUGGACAGCGACAAUGCGAUUUACUACAGAAGAGUAUACCGACAUGAUAGUGGCCUACGGGCUAGCGGGCGAAAGUAAGCGUGCCGCGGCUCGAAUCUAUGCGGAACGAUUUCCCGAGCGUGCACAUUCGACUAAGGAUACGAUUUUUCGCGUUGUGAAACGAUUGCGUGAAACAGGGUGUCUCGUGCAUAAGACGAAAGAUGUACCAGUGCGCCGUGGUGUUCCAGACGAAGAGAGAGUACUGGACAUGUUUUAUGAAAACCCCGGAACCAGCGUGCGUCGUGCGGCUCACGAACUGGGACUUUCCAGGUACGCGGUGCAUCAGACUUUGCGAGAGAAUAGAUUGCAUCCGUUCCAUUACCAGCGUGUGCAACAACUUUUGCCAAGAGAUUUUCAACAACGGAUCAAUUUUUGUGAAGGUCUGCUAUUAUUUAAUAUUUACGGCACUUUGAUAAAUGUAGAGUAAUUUAAUUGUCGGUGAAUUACAUGCAGGAUUCCUCGCGCAAUGUCGAGAUAAUUUAUUUUUCCCGGACAUUAUUUUAUAGACCGAUGAAUCCACUUUUGCCCCAAACGGUAUUUGUUUCAAAUUCAAUUCAACUCACGAAAUUAUUUAUGCUGGGGUGAAGAAAAUCCUCGCGUCGUUCGUGAGAGCGCGUUUCAAUAUCACUGGUCCAUUAAUGUUUCGGCUGGAAUAAUCGGGAAUCAAGUGGUAAGUGUAAACCGUAUAAAUAAAACAAUUUUUCUUUCGCUAGUUGGACUAAAGAUUUUUGUUUUAAAUUUUCAGAUUGGCCCGUAUUUCCUCUCGCCGCGUCUAAAUGGCGAAAUUCUUAACAAAUAAAUUACCAGAGCUCCUCGAAAAUGUGUCUCUUCGCGUGCAAGCACAACUAAUAUUUUAGCACGAUGGAGCUCCCGCCCAUUUUCGCCGAGAAGUUUGCGAUAUUCUAAACAGAUGUUAUCCACAUAGAUGGAUAGGUCGUGGUGGCCCGAUCAGUUGGACAGCACGGUCGCCAGACCUUAACGCG